AUGCUGCAGGCACACGGCGCCGACGCGGCGACGUGGACGGUGAUGGGCGACGACUGCAUCAGCAUGGGGCGCAGCAAGGGGCUGCCCGAGGACCUGCUCCACGAGCUCGCGCGCAACCAGGCGGCCAGCACCCGGCGGCGCGACUUCCGCGGCGACGAGCGGGCGGUGCGCGCCCAGGAGGAGCACGCGAAGCACUGCUCCUGCUGCCAGCGGAGGCGGUCGGAGGCCGGCGCGGGGGAUGAGCCGCCCGCACUCGAGGAUGCGGUCGUGGAGCUCGCCGUGGCGCUCGGCGCUGCGGCCGCCGAUUCGGACGAGGCGCUCAGCGCGGCGCUCCUCUCCGCGACCGGCCUCGACACGCCGAUCCUGCGGCACGCGAUCGAGUUCAGCCUGCGCAUCGCGGAGCAGCUGCUGCGCGCCGCGCGCGACGAGGCUCUCGGCCGGUGCUUGGGCAAGGGCGCCAAGGGGCGCGCCCGCCGGCCGGUGCGGAUGGUUGCGGGCGCCGUCUUGGCCGCCGUGAAGAGCGAGGGGGUCGUCGAGGCGCUCGUGCUGAGCGGGCAGUCGAUCGGCUCUCUCCGGCUGUGGGCGACACUGACUCGCACGGGCAACGGCUGGCAUGCGGCCGUGGGAGAGGUGAAGGCGCGGCAGAAGCGGUACGGCGGGCCGAGGGUCGCUGCGUGGGCGCGCGCGCUGCGCUGGGCUGCCACCGUCGGCUUUGAGGGUUGGCGCCCCGCCGCGUGCAGCUUGCUUGACGAGGCGGCGGCGUGCGCGUCGCUCGCUCACCUGCUGGACGCGCUCUCGACGCGAGGCGCGGAGGUUGUGCCGCCGGCUCUGGCCGAGCUCCUCACCGAUCGAUACGGCGAGUGGCCGUGCGCGCCUCGCGCCGCGCCGUCGCUUGCGGCUGCGGCUGCGCCCGCGAUCGCGCCCCCGCCACCCCUCGACAUCGAGUCGCUUCCCGCUGCGACCCUCGAGCAGGCGGGGACACUCCCGCGCGGGGAGCAGCUGUCGAUGGCACGCCUCUGCGACAUGGAACCUCUCUUUGUCGACGAGCCGAACAGCAUACGGGCGCUGCACGGGAGCCUCGCGGCGAUGGCAAGGGAGGAGCGACGCCGCGGCUCGCCGCCGCUUCGCAUUGGAGUCGACACGGAGCCCUCUCGGCGGCCCCCGCGGCUGGCGGUGGUCCAGCUCGCUGUGCACGGGCGUGGGGCUUGGGUGAUCGACGCCCUCGGCCACCCGGCGCGGCGCGCGGUGGGCGAGCUGCUGCGGUGGGCCCUCAACGGCGACCCGGCGGACGACGACGCGGUCGCCGUGCUGGGAUUCGCUUUCCAGGGCGACCUCAGUGUGUUGCGCCCGAUCUGCGGCAGUGACUUGCACGCGCGCGCGCUCGUCGACCUGCAGCAGUUGGCGCGCCAAGGCCGGGAGGACUCGCAGCCGUCGCUGCGGAGGGUGUGCGCGCGCACGCUCGGCAAGGCGCUCGACAAAGCGGAGCAGUGCAGCGAUUGGGCGCGCCGUCCGCUGCUGCCCGCGCAGAUUCGGUACGCCGCGCUCGAUGCCGCGGUGCUGCUCGACAUCCACGACGCGCUGCUCAAGCGGGGCGAGGCGCGGCAGGUCGAUGGGUAG